UGUUGAUGCAUUGUGGGUCACAGAGUGUGUUGUGGUGCGCACGCCCGCUGCCUCCAGCCCUCGCCAUCUUCACCGGCUCCCAGGUUUCACACCAUGUCUGCUCCUUUAAGGGGGCCCGAUCAGCAUGCUUGGGCCCUGCUAGCCCUACAGAAGUCUGCGCCAACUUCCCCUCACCGUGUGCCCUGGUCCCCUGACAGGAAGGGAACCCCUAUUGCAAGGUUGGAAGGGAAAGAAUUCGAAUACAUGGUGCGGCAGAGUCGGGUGGUGAUCGGCCGCAACUCCAGCAAGGGCGAUGUUGAUGUUAAUAUGGGCCAUAAUAGCUUUAUAUCGCGUCGACAUAUUGAAAUAUAUUUCGAGACGCCGCAUUUUUACAUGAUAUGCAAUGGCAAGAAUGGUGUGUUUGUGGACGGUGUUUUUCAGAGGAAGGGCGCCCCACCUCUCCAGCUGCCCAGACAAUGCACAUUGCGAUUCCCCAGCACAAAUAUUAAGAUACAGUUCCAGUCAUUAGUAGAUGACUUGGAUCCUCCUCCGGCAAGGGUGCCAUCUCCACCUAAACGAAAAAUGCAGCCCUUAAAAAUUAACAUUCCUGAGCAGGAUGCCAACUUUGGCUCUCCAUUCCCUUCACCAACUGGUACUAUAAGUGCAGCCAACAGCUGUCCCACAUCCCCACGGGGAGGCCAUGGGGGGCUGGCAGGUAUAAAAAGAGGUGUCAAUGCAGAGAACUUGGUCCAGGCUGCUUAUGCUGCCAUGGAAGAUAAAGGUGACAUAGCGAAUACAGUUUCCUUAUCCACAGUAACAGUAUCAACAACACAUGAAGAAAAUCAAGUCAGUUUAACAACAUCCAAUCAGCAGUACCAUCACAAUGGCAUCCAGGCAUCCAUAGCAGAUGAUGGCUACUUCACCUCUCCACAUCCUCCUGACCAGCCCCACAGUCCUCCUGGAGCCGGUGCUAAGGAUGAUUCAAAGCCUCCAUAUUCAUAUGCUCAGUUGAUUGUUCAAGCAAUAUCUUCAGCCCUGGACAAACAGCUAACACUAAGCGGUAUAUACUCUUAUAUCACCAAGCACUAUCCAUAUUAUCGCACAGCUGACAAAGGCUGGCAGAACUCCAUUCGACAUAACUUGUCAUUAAAUCGAUACUUCGUCAAAGUCCCACGUUCUCAAGAGGAGCCAGGAAAAGGCAGCUUCUGGAAAAUUGAUCCAGCGUCGGAGAGUAAAUUAGUCGAUCAAGCUUUUAAACGGCGGCGGCAACGAGGUGUUCCUAUUUUCAAGACUCCCUUCACACACCUCUCUAAUAGCAGAUCUGCGCCAGCCUCUCCCUCACACAUUGGCAUGAGCGGCCUGGUAACUCCCGAGUCAUUGUCACGAGAAGGAUCUCCAGUGCCUGAGUACGUGGACUCAGCCACAGCUUCUCCUCUUAACCCCCUAAAUACUGCUGCUCAGUAUGAUGUUAACACUACCAGUGCACCACCUUCACCACCAUCUCACCAGCAUCAGCAAGGUGCCACGUUAAUAGGAACAAGUGGGGUCAGUGUUCAGAAUUCCCAGCAGCUCAUGUCUGCCUUACAAGGCAAGUACCUGAUAGCCACUGCUGGGGGCCCUAGUGGGGCAGGGUCUGGGAAGUCUGGAGAGCUUAAACAAAUUCAACUAACAAGUGGUGGCCAUGGAGAGCCUACUUCCUUCACCCAAGGACAGGUCAUAGUCCAGACCUCAACAGAUCCCAGCACCUUCACUCAUACUCAGGUUAUUUUGCCCACGCAUCUCAACAAAUAUGGUGGAGGAUAUGUGACUGUGAAUGGCGAGGUUAAACGUGUGACUACAGCAACUACAGCUGGACAAAUUAUAACUGGUCCUAGUGUGAGCAGUAAUAUGAGAAACAGUAGUACUAGCACUGGAACAGCAGUGAUGGUAGGUACUAUGACUGCUGCUCCCCAUACUACUGAGUAUAUAGAAGAGGUUGUGGAGGCAGAGGGUGUUGUUAUGGCUGCCUCACAUAACGAACCACUUCUAAAACGACCCAGGAUGGAUGGGGAUGGACCUCCUUAUGAAGAUGAGUAACUCUGGCUCUACCCUGUCUCCCCAACCCCAUGACAGUCAAAUGUUCUUAAGCCAGCUAGGCAGUGGUCGCCCAGCAACACAAGUCAUAGUUCUCAGCCAACUAAAAAUAGUGAUCCCGUAAUGAAGUCAGACAGGUGGUUCUCAGGAUGAAAUCCAUUAGUUCAUUAGAAGCUGUGAGUUAACCCAAGUUAUGGUUUAAAGAAGAUAAUUACUUGCAUCUCUGAUACAUAGAGACCCUAGAGUCUGUUACUGGGAAAAUAGUGAAGUUUGAGAUGUUCCUUCAGGGAUUAUUAAAAAAUGAUUUGUUUAAAGUUAUAAACAAUCUAGACAUCUGGUAAUGGUGCAAGACUGAAAGACUUGUGAAGUGGAUACUACUGUAGUGCCUGUUAUAUGCCAUAAUUUGACAGCUCUUGGCAGGGAGGCCAUGUACUCCAUUAGUGGACAUCAAAUGACAUGUCUUAUCACAGCAAUGUGAGAGAAUAGAGGUUCCAAGGAUCAGCUGUGCCUAGGUGUAAGUGUGUCACACCAUUGAGACUAUUGUCAUGUACCUGAAGAGAUUAUGGAGGUUGCUUCAGAGGCGACUCGUGCAAAUUAGUAAAUGUUUGAAUGACGUUUUAAUGCAUAUUAGUUGCUCUGAAGUAGUUAAUGACUGUUUAACAAAUGUUCUGUUUAAAGUGCAUUUUAAGUUUUGAUAAAAGUGACAGCCAUUUAAAGAAAUGCUGACAUGCAUGUACACAAUAUUACUUGGCUUUUCUUCAUGCCUACAACUGAUUAGUUUUUUAUCAACUUAGUUGACAUGUUUAUUGUGUAAAAUGAUAAUAUGAAUGGUAUAUAAUAGGGCAUAGCCAUAUUAAAUGUCAGUACUUCAUUACUUUUCAGAAUAAGUUUGGCCUCAUGGCCUCGCUACCAAGUGUCACAGUGGAAUGAAUGAAAUUAAUGUUAUUUUUUCCAUGUAUAAUGCAGUACAAGUUUUUAGGUGAUGUGAACAUUAGUUUGAUAAAAUUAUUAUAAAUAUUUGGGGAUCAUUGAUAAUGGGCCACAUGGAGAAUUAAUUGUUCAAAAAAUUAAAUUGAAAAAUAAUUGCAUUUUAAUUUUUAUUUUUAUGUACAUUGGUGAAAUGUGUGGGAGUAGUGAAACCUCUGCCAUAUAUGUACAGUAUCUCGAGUGUUUAACUCUGCCUGUGAGAGCAGAGAUUGUUUCUCUAGAAACUUUGUAUUAAAGAUGAGUAGUAUAGUAUAAGAUGGAACUCCCUUAUUUUUUCUUUGUCUGAGAGGCUAUAUAUGGUUUGUAAAUGAUAUAAUGCUAUACUUGUAUGGAGAGGGACAGUGUCAUAUUAAAAGAAGUGUUAGAAGGAACACUUCCUUUUCUUUCUUGUACAUAAAGAACAAAUGUAGAACUAGAUUUUUCAGAAUUAACAUGUCGCAUCAAAAUGUUAGCUCCUACUUGUGGGGAAUAUUUAUAUUUUAAUUGUCAUCUUCAAAUGUUACAAUGAUUCCACCCUUUGUUGUGGCAGUGAAGGGUCUUAAUUUAGUUGUUAAGUGUCAGAGUCCUCUAUGGUGGCAUUCACAUACGGCAAGUGAUAAUGCCAUAGUCAGAAAAAAUGGUGUAAAUAUAGUUACUGGUUAGUUAUUUUCUCAAAUGUGGCAGGUGGCAAUAGUUUAUAUGAAUAUCCUGGAAUCAUCACAUGCAGCAAUCAGAUAAAACCUCUUAGUAUUUUUGCAUAUAUUUCUAUUAUAUUAUCUAUACUGUAACAAAUAUGAAUUGAAAAUAUUUAUACUAAUAUUAAAUUGUUUACUAUAACAAGAAACAUUGUUAUUAUUCAGAAUAAACUUGUGGGGGCUGAGUAUUCUUAAAUUGGACAAACAAUUAUAUUUUAAUAUUUGUAUAUGAGAAGAUUGCAACUUAUGAUGACUCUGGGUGUCACUGGGUUAUUACAGCCUAUGCCACAACAAUUGUCAUUAUAUUGUCAUUUCCUUUCUGUGCAAAUGGAGCCAAUAGGUGAAAUAGUGAUGAAAGUUUUGUAGGGACUUGUAAAAAACAAAUUCUAUGCCUGUACUAUAGAAGAGGUAAUUCGUUCCAGUUUGCAACAGUUGUAAGCUAUACAACAAAUACCUAUUACAGAUUUAAAUAAAUACACAAACUUGUUCCAUUUAUGCACCUUAUGUUUGAUUUCUUAAAAAUUGGUUACCAAAGAAUCUAUUAAAUAUAUGAAGAAUGUAAAGGCUCCAUCAGUGUUAGCUUCUGUAAAAACAAAAAAAAAAACUGAUCCUCUCUAGAAACACUCUUAUUUUAGUUUUUUCUCUCCUGUGAUAGGAAAUAGUAUAGCCUGUAUCAUUCUUUGUGUCCUGACAAAAUAAUUGUGAAACACACUUUAUUUUAUAUGUUCCCAGUUUCAAUUUCUUACCCAUUAGACCUAUGAUAUCCAUAUUUGCUUAAUGCUUUUGGUAUGUCAUUUACCAAAUGUAGCCAAGUAUUGCAACUCCUGAUUGCUAGCCAGUUUUGUCUUGCUUAUAAAUGAAUCAUAAGAUGAUCUUGUUCUAGGUUUUGUUUAUAGAGAGAGAAAUUCAAAGCAAUGACAGCCCCAGUGUUUCAAGGAAAUAUGGUGUGUUUGAUUAUGUGUGCUUUUUUUUUUUUUUUUGACCUUUAUUAUGCUGUGAAGCUAUUUAUAGACAAGGCAAUAACAUUACAAUACUGCUGGAACGAGAGGAUGUGCAACCCAUUUUCACAUAGAUUGUUGAAGAAAAAUAAUCCUGUUGUCUGGCCAGUAGUACCCAGUCGUGCUGGGUCCUAUCAAGAGCUCUUAUCUUUACAACUUGAAAGAUUUUGAGAAACUGUAUUGAUUUUACUUGCUGGUAGUUGGUUCAAAUAUCUGAUAAGAUGGGUUUUAUACUUGUUAGUAGUGUUUCCACCUGGCAAGCAUGUGGGCUAGAUACCAGGCUGAGGUGCCAAGCAUAACUCGAGGGAGAAAUGGAUUUGCACAGUUGUAGUGUUGUUCUAUGAUAGUGGAUUGGUUUAUCCAGAAGAUUAUAAUAGUUAUAUUAAAAUUGUGGGUGAUACCCUUGAUAAAUAUUCAAGUUUUUUGGUGAAUUUUAUGAGGUACAAAGUUCUUUGUAUUCUGUUAGCUGUAAGCCAAUUAAGUGUAGAGGCACAGCAUUUUAAGAACAUUUUUUCAGUAAAUGUGCAUGUCAAAUGCAAGUUCAUCAAACAACAUGAGUAUUACCAAGGAGAUCCUCAAAUAUUAGUGGAAAACUAGUCGUCCAGGAUGACUUCAAUGAAAAGUCUAAAGAUUCCUCAUUAUUGAUGGCUUCCCCAAAUCCUUAAUACUCCUGACAUUCAGGAGGAAUUGUCCUUCCUUUCUCACCUUUCCCUUUCCCAGUUACUUCAGCCACCAACCCACAAACUCUACCCUGCCUUGAUAUCAUAGUGAUUCGUAUGUACAACUAAUAGAAGCAGAGUGAAAAUAAACCUAUUAACUCAGAA